ACAGAUGAACAAGACUGAAAAAGAAUUCCAAGCUUGAUGAGUCCCACGAUUCAGAAUUUUGAAGCCUUUUCGACUUUUUUUGGUACGAUGAGUACUGGACAAGAUUAGAAGAUGACAUUAGGAAAGAAAAAGAACUUGACAUCUCAUUUGUAGUGUGUCCAAUACUGCGUACACCACGUAUGAUCUCAGCGAGUAACCUUUCCCCAUUGACAAAGAUGCAAAAGUAGAAAAGAUGUUUCAUUCCUAAGAAAACUACAUUUCCUCUUACAAAAUACGAACCUUUUUUGAAGCUUCUAAUAUUUCUGAAAUCCUGAGUUAUAUAUAUAAAAGUGCAAAUUGUUCUCACCAUAUCUACCUCUGCAAAAUGGCAGUGUCUUCAUGGUUUUAUGUUUCAACUUGCUUCUGCAUUAUGUUUGUCAUUGCCAAUGCCCAAGCACCAGCAGCUUCACCUACUAGCAUGCCGUCCUCAACCCCUCCACCGACUACGACACCAGCAGCAGCAACACAUCCUGCUUCAAGUGCAGUGACUCCGUCAACCAUCCCUAUAAUGUCAUCACCACCUACAGCUGCACCGACUUCCAACCCAACUAAUCAGCCACCUCAAGUCCCACCAUCACAACCUCUGACAAAUCCAGUAGCGAGUCCAUCACAGCCACCAGCAUUGCCAUCUCCACCACCAGCACUUCCACCGGCUGUACCUCCACCACCAGUGGUUUCACCACCAGCACUUCCACCAGCUGUACUUCCACCACCAGUGGUUUCACCGCCAGCACUUCCACCAGCUGUACCUCCACCACAGUCAUCCCCUGCACCUUCCCAACAGCCACCACCAACACCAGCCCCAGCAAUAAAGGCACCUGCUCCCUCACCCACGAUACCCCCACCAAUUCCACCACCUACGCCACCACCAGCGCCAGUGCCAGCACCUCCACCGCCGCCACCUAUCGCAUCACCAGCUCCAGCACCAGAUUUGGUUCUCUCACCUGCACCAGCGCCUGGCAUGCACAAGAAAAGGAAGCACAAGCACAGGCACAGACAUAGGCAUCAUCAUGCACCAGCACCUGCACCAACUGUCCGGAGCCCUCCAGCACCACCUACUACAGUUCAAGACACUGAGGAAACAACACCAGCACCAUCACCAAAUAUG